AAAAAAAAUUAAAAAAAGUUAACCGGCCUUAAAAAUAUAAAAACAUAUGGUAUAUAAAGAUGAUUCAGAACAUGAAUUUUUAGAGAGAGAUCAAAUAGAAAUUAAUAAUGGGAACGUUGAUCUUUCUAUGUCAGACAAUGAUAGUGAAAUUAGCACAGAAAUAGAGAUAGAAGAUGAAAAAGACUUAAUAGAUGAUAGUUCAGGGGGAUUUUAUGAUCAUAAGGAGAGUGUAUAUUGUCUGGAUAUGAGUCCAGUGGAUGAGGAUAUUAUUGUAAGUGGAGGAGGGGAUGAUGUUGCGUAUAUAUGGCGUAUAUCGACAAAAGAAAGAUUAUGUAAACUAACUGGACAUAAAGAUUCAGUUACGGUAUCAUCAUUUUCAUAUGAUGGAGAAUAUGUUGCUACAGGUGGUAUGGAUGGACAGAUUUUAAUAUGGAGAUAUAAAAAUAAUGGGGAACUUGUUACAACGUUAGAAGGAGGGGAUGAAAUUCUUUGGGUUCAAUGGCAUCCAAAGGGGAAUGUUCUUAUUUCUGGAUCGAAUGAUGCAAAUGUUUGGAUGUGGAAAAUUCCUUCAGGAGAUGUGUUACAAAUGUUUAAUUUCCAUAAAAAACCGGUAAAUGCGGGUUCUUUUACACCAGAUGGAAAAAAAAUAGUUACGGCAUCAGAAGAUGGUUCAUUAAUUAUAUGGGAUCCCAAAAAUGCAUCAAUAAUUCAUAAAAUAACAUCAAAUGAUUCGAGAUUUGAUUGUGGGGGGUUUACAUGUUUAGCUUAUAAUAAAGAAGGCACGGUAGUGGCAGUGGGAGGAAUUAGUGGAAAAGUAAAGAUAAUAAGUCUUAUUAGUGGCGCUCUUUUAGAAAACCUUGACGAACAAAAGGAGAGUAUUGAAAGUAUUUCGUAUUGUGAUGUACUUCCAAUAAUAGCAUGUGCUAGUAUCGAUGGUACAGUAGCAUUAUAUGACACUUUUACAUAUAAAUUAAGAAAUGUGUUGGCUCAUGAUGGUGCUGUUAUUUCUCUUUCUUUUAUCUCUAAUACACCUUACCUGAUUACUGCAUCAACUGAUAGAACAAUUCGGAGAUGGGAUGUAAGGACGGGAAAAUGCUUAAAACAAUGUUUUGGGCAUCGUGAUUCUAUUUUAUGUAUGCGUUCUAGCUUAGAUGGGAAAACAAUUAUAAGUGGAGGUGAUGAUAAAUCAAUAUUGGUUUUUAGAAUGACAUCAUAAUGUUUUUGAAAACUAUAUAUAUUAUUUAUUUAUUU